UGAAAGAUUUGGUGCAUUGAUUUGAGUGUAGUUGGAAUGCUGCUUAUUUGAUUCCAUAAGAGUGCAUAUGAAACCAUGCAGCCUGCGUAAGUGGCCAGACUUAGCAUUUUUAGUCAGUUAAAUCAUAAAUGUGAGAAUCAUACCAUAAUUAUAGUCUUUAUUUACUUGUUUCAUUGUAGGUGAAAGUAAUCCUUCUUUAUUUGUAGCAGAUGGUUCCUUAGUGUCUAAUUCCUCAAGCAAUGACAUACACAGGUCAUUACUCCAAUGGCAUCAGAAACUUUGGGAGCUUUAUCUGAUACCUUCAAAUAUACUUGCAUAAGCUAUACCUAAACUUGGCAUUUUCUUGUAUAUUUCUGCUAUCUGGAUGUGCAUAUUUUUUCCCUGCACCAUAAUUAUUGCUGAAUCUCCAUGAAGAUCUUGCAGGAAUUUGUACAUUUCACUCAAUGUCUUCUUCUUCACUGACUUUGUGAAUUCAAGCUUUUUGUUGUAAAUGUGAGACUCUGUUUCUUUCUCAAAUCAGCGGGUGCACUGUUUAUGUGUAUGAUUAUAUGACAUUUUAAGAUAUCUGGUUUGGUAGGAGCUAUAGGCUUAAACCCUCAUAUUCUAAUAUUAUUUUCAAACCUUUAUAAUGUACUUUCAAGGAGAAACCCAAUUCACUUGGUUAUGUUGAUUGUAACUAGGGGUAUAGGGGUUCGGAUUGCCUUAAGGCAACAUAAUCCGAACCCCUUUUAGGACCGGGUCCUACCCUAAAAUAACGUGACCCCAUCCUUAUUCUCCAUGCCACGCUAAAUACACUCCAAAAUAAACAUUAGCGCCAAAAUAAUAAGGAGGCCGACUUAAAAGGAAUAAAGAUGCAUAUAAGUAAAUGACAAUUUGCAAGUCAUUUCAAUCAAGUUUAAUCAUAUCAAAAGGUCAUUUAGCUCUGCUGUGCGAACUUAAGGAAGAGUGCGAACUUAUUCAGCUUGGUGCGAAAUUGUCCAAAGGGACAUGGUAGAUUUUGAUGCAAGUCAUUGAAGCAUACAAGGACAGAUCUGAUAUAUGAAGAUCAGAUUCGAGCUAAGUAUUGUACUUAUAUCUUAGAGGAGAAUAUAUAAUCUGACCUGUGGGUCUUUCAUGCUGGGUUUUUCCUCCUUGGAGGUUUUCCCAGGGUAUGCUUGUUUGUUUUCUGUGCUAUUUUUGAUUUAUGUUGGCUUACAAAAUACUGCAAAUCUGAUUACAAUCUAGGGCACAAUUUAAUCUAUGUUGGUUUCCUAAAAUACUGCAAAUCUGAUUACAAUCUAGAGCACAAUUUAAUCUAUGUUGGUUUACUAAAAUACUGCAAAUCUGAAUACAACCUACGGCAUAAUCAAUUAGAUAAAUCUGGUUAACAUACCUAGGGUUUAAAAUAACAUGGUAUCAGAGCUCUAGGUGUCACUAACUUCUGAUUUUAGCAGAUCGAUUGUUGCAUAUAGCUGUUGUUUGUGUUCAGAUUAAAGAUGUUAGGUUUGAAGGCUGAAGAUAGGCUUGAGGGAGCCAUUGAUUUUGCUGCUUGGAAAGUUCAUAUUCUGUUGAUCCUUGAAGAAAAUGACCUAUUGAAAUUUGUAGAAGAAGAAAGGCUGUCUCCUCCAGAAGAUGCUGAAGAGCUGAAACUGUUCAAGAAAGAUUCCCUCAAGGCUAGAAGGAUCAUAAUUGAGUCCGUCAAGAACCAUCUUGUCAUUGUCAUAUCGAAGUUUACAUCUGCCAAAGAAAUGAUCAAACACUUGGAAGGGAUCUAUGAAGUCAACAAUCUCAGCAGGGCUCUUGCCCUAAGACAGCAACUUCUUCACAUGAAAAUGAAAGAAGAAGACUCAAUCAUAGCCUACUUCAUGAAGAUCAAUGAACUAAAGGACAAGCUAAGCACUCUUGGUUGCCAAAUCUCAGAUAAAGACCUUGUUAUGAUUGCUUUAAAUGGUCUACCAGAUGAAUGGGAACCAUUCAUUCGUAGCAUUGGUGGAAGAGCCGAUCGUCCCAACUUUGAGCGUCUUCAAUCUGACUGCAUCGAAGAGGAAUCUCGAAUUGAGAUGUGAUAGGUAUGGUCACUAUGCCAGAGAUUGUCAAAAUGACCCAAAGGAAAGGGAAGCUAACUUAAAUGAAGUUGCUGAACAAAGUGAAGACUACCUUCUUAUCUCUGCUCUUUCCAGCAAUGUUCCUACGGACAGCAAUACGUGGAUACUUGACAGUGGUGCCUCCAGACACAUCUCAGGAUUUCGUGAGCAUCUCUCAGAUCUGAUUGAAAAAGACACCAAUCUUCAUGUAGUAAUCGGUGAUGAUGCUCGAUACUCGGUAAAAGGUUCUGGCACUACCUCUUUAAAACUAGAUUCUGGUAUUUCCUUACAACUCUGUGAUAUUCUAUUUGUACCUGGUAUUAAAAGAAAUCUUAUUUCCAUUUCUGCUUUAGAAGAUAAGGGUUUGCAAAUAGCAUUUUCUUAAGGGAAAGUACUCGCUUGGUCUAAGAAAUCUAACUUCAAAUCUGCUUGUAUUAUUGGAAAUAGAUGUGAUAGUUUAUAUAAGCUUGCAGCUAAUCCAAUUCAAGCUCUCAUUCAUGAGACCCCUGAAUCAUGCGAGCUAUGGCAUAGAAGAUUGGGUCAUCUUCACUUUCAAGCUCUUCCCACUCUCGGUAAAAUGGUCAAAGGUAUGCCUAAUCUCAGUUUAUCUCAUGAUGAUGCUUGUAAAGGUUGUGCA